UCAAUUAAGUUAUUUUUUUGUAUAUAUUAUUUUUUCUUUGAGACUUAAGAUGAAUGGUUUGAAUUAUUAUCUUGUGGCACCACCGGGCUCACAAAAUGAAGCCUUAAUGGUUAUUAUGGAGAAGAUGAAGUUAUGGGGAGAGUUACUCUCUUGUUUAUAGUAUUAUUUUUUAAAUGUUGGUUGGAGUGUUUGGUGCAAAUUCUGUUUAUAUCUUAUAAAAUAAAUAUAUUUUAAAUAAAUUAAAAAAAUUAUUUAUCUAAAUGUUAAGAUAAGGGUACUUUUUGUUUUUAUUUUCAGAUCAUCAGUUUUUAGUUUGAGAAAAGUCGUACUAAAAAACUCUUUGACUGCUGUAAAAGGAAUUCAAUUCUUCAAACUCUAUUAAUAUUGGUUCAUUGUAUAAAUAAGACAAAUUUAAAUAUAUUUUAAUUUUUUUUUUCAUUUUUUAGUUCAGUUCGAAUUCCAUUUAAUAGAUUUGUAUGCAUUGUGCCAAAAAAAAUAAAAAAUAAAAAAAUACUUGAGUUCAAAUUGAUUAAAACUUGUUUAAGACCAAUUUAAAAAAUAAAAAAGUCAAAUUUAAAUACAUAUUAAAAGUUUUUAAAUCAAAUUUAAAUAUUCCACCUUCGACCGUUUAUAGCCAGCCAUAUAGAAAGUCAAAAAUGCCAAAUUAUGUACAAACAGAUUAUUAGUGUUUUUCUUCGAACUUCAAGUUCUGUCUUCUCUCACAUUCCCGUUUCUAAUUGUUAAUCAUGAUUUUAAUCGGAACUUAGCUUUGAAUAUUUUAAUAUUAUGUGAAUCCAUUACACUAGGCUAACAUCUCACCAGCCAUUAUAAAUAGGCAUAUGGCAAGCUCAUUCUCUUAAACACCACACUUGCUGCUGCAAUUUUUUCUUUCCCUCAUUUCCAUUCCUCCCUCUUUGAACCCAAGAAAAGUCCCACUCUUCCACCUUCCAGGGUUCAUCCCGACUCCAAAAUGGGUGGAAAUUCGCCUUGCGCCUCCUGCAAGUUGUUGAGACGCCGCUGCGCCAAGGACUGCAUCUUUGCCCCUUACUUCCCUCCCGAUGACCCUCACAAGUUCGCCAUUGUUCACAAGGUCUUCGGUGCUAGCAAUGUUAGCAAGAUGCUGCAGGAGCUUCCAAUUCAUCAGAGAGGGGAUGCGGUGAGCAGUUUAGUUUAUGAAGCAAAUGCACGAAUGAGAGACCCAGUGUAUGGAUGUGUUGGGGCCAUUUCCUACCUACAGAACCAAGUGUCACAGCUUCAAAUGCAGCUUGCAGUUGCUCAAACUGAGAUGCUUUGCAUCCAGAUGCAGCAGGAGCCUGCUUUACCGAUGACGAUGACACAGAUAGACCCAGACGAGAAAUCACUCCUUUUAACCAAUAAUAAUAACGACCUUUUAUCCAGCAAUAAUAACUUCAAUAGCCUCCCACAGUACCUCAACUUUGCUUCUUCUAGCAAUGUAAUCCAAGAUCCUCUAAAGAGAGAGUCUCUUUGGACAUGAUCACUUGCUAAUCCCCUAAUGAAGUGCUUUUUAUGAUCA